AUGGAAGAUUCAACUGAAGAAGGUUCUCCUGUGUAUAUCACAGAAUCAUGCUGUGUAUGUGACGAGGAAUUUUCAUCUGACACUGAACUAGCCAAUCAUUUAGUUCAGCAUGUUAACGAUGAGGAAUACAAAUGCAUUUUGGAUGGAUCAUGCAAGAAUGAUCUGGGAGCUCAGGCUUUUACCUCAGGUUCAAGAAAAACUCCUCUUACAAGGACAAAUUCCAUUUCUGGCAGAUCAGGCUCGCCGGAAGUGUGGGAAAUUCUCAGUGAUGAUUCUGAUGACGAGUCUGCUAGAGGAGCGAAGUCUGUAAAACUUUCUAACAGUUUUCGCUUAGUAAGUGGUAGUGGUAAUGCCCAAAAUCAAACAGUUAAUCCUUCUCCUAAACAACAAAUACAGCAGCCUCUAAGAAAUGGUAAACAUAAACAAAACUUAAAACCAAGUUCUAAACCUGGGCAGCCUUUGAAAUGUCCACAGUGUUCAUUAACAUUUAAAGAAAACAAAUCUUUGCAAGAACAUCUUCUAAUGCAUGAUAACCCACGGCCAUAUACCUGUCAAAUUUGCAGCAAGAACUUUGCAUACAAAGCCACAUUGAGGCAACAUCUUCAUCAGCAUAUUGGUGACAAAUCUCACGAGUGUAAAAUAUGUCAUAAAAAGUUUUCGAUAAAAAGCAUGUUGCGAAAACAUGAGGAGCAGCAUGAACAGCAAAAGAUCCAUGAUCGUAUGGUUACCACUCAACUAAGGUCAAGAAGAAAAGUAUAA